GAGGGAGGUAGCAGCAGAGGGCGGCUGGGGAUGGUCGAAGGCUUCAGUUUACAUCGCGUUCUCGUCCUGGUAGACUGUGUAUACCCUCGGUAAACCCCCCCUCUAGCACUGGUCGAUAGUGCAGGUCUCAUCACCUGUGGUGUGUGUGUCUGGAGGUGUGUGCUGCGAAGAGAGAGAGAGAGGGGUUGGCAGGAGUUGAGGUGGUGACAGCCAUGAGUGCGGGGGCAUUAACCUGCACUCUGGCCAGAGCUCUUCCUUGCCUGAGGACAGGCCCACCUGACAAGCGGACUUAGCAACGUCAUUUUAAACCCUCCUCACUCACUCGAAAGUGCGUGCAUGUGCGUGAGUAACCAAGAGCCCACACCCGCAAGUCGCGCCCAUGACCACUACACCAGACAUCUCUCUUCUCGGUUGGAAUUUUGACGAGUUCUGAGAGACUCUUGACUGUGUAGAGAACCCUCUCUCUCUCCCCCCCCCCCCCCCCCCCUCUGAGUGAAGAACCACGGCCAACCCGAUAUAGAAACAGGUUCAUUCUGCAUUAUUUAGUGAAAUCUUGUAGUUGUGUAGUGAAUGCCGCAGUGAAGAACAGUUUUUAACUGUGAGUGAUUUGAGUCAAAACGCCUUCAGAGUGUCAAGGUGAGUGUCGGUCAAGAGACUCCUCCGUCAACAACAACAAUCACCACUCGAUUCAGACCUUAGUUGGUGUCACCAAUCAGUCGAAUGGAUGAAGAUCUAUCCUGGGUGUCCAAUGGCAGGGUGAGAGUACUGGAGUGCUUGGCGCCCUGGCUGUGUAUCAGCGCAGCUCGCCCCGUGGGCUCCGUCGGGUCGGGGGCGGCGCGCCACCACGACCCCCAACAACAGCAGCAGCAGCAACAGCAGCAGCAACAGCAGCCAGGGGAGCCUGCAGCAGGCUGGCUCCGUGACACCCGAACCACUCCCACUGACAGAACCCGGCCACACUCGGCCCCUGUACCACUAACCACCACCAUGGUUAAAACCUUCCAGGCCUACCUGCCCUCGUGUCACCGUACUUACUCGUGUAUCCACUGUAGGGCCCACCUCGCCAACCACGACGAGCUGAUAUCCAAGUCAUUUCAGGGAAGUCAAGGCCGGGCCUACCUUUUCAACUCUGUGGUGAAUGUUGGGUGUGGCCCAGCGGAGGAGCGGGUGCUCUUAACAGGCCUUCAUGCUGUUGCCGACAUAUACUGUGAAUGCUGCAAGACAACACUGGGUUGGAAAUAUGAACAUGCCUUUGAAUCGAGUCAGAAGUACAAGGAGGGUAAGUACAUCAUCGAGCUGGCACACAUGAUCAAAGAUAAUGGGUGGGACUGAGAGUGGGCCUCCUGCGGCCGCAGGAGCCUCGGUGUGCAGCUGUGAUCUACUAAUGACUGCCAGACCUUCACUCGUCAUAAAACCAAGAAUGUCCUCAUCGAAUAUAAAGGAUAACCCGUUGCUUACCUAGGAUGGAAGUGGAAAGUGUAGUCUGGUCCCAUUGAUGAUAUCUGCUGCUUCCUUGUUAGUGUUAGGUUGACCAGCUGUGCACGACUUACUCUUGGGCAGUGAUCUCAGCCAGUGUUGAUGCCAGGGUGUGUUGCGCCAAGACAUAUUACACAAGAAAAUUUAUAGCUUCAAAUUACAGAACAAGACUGCACUAUAGUGAUUAUGGUGAUACUCUUAUGUGAAUUGACUUGUCUGAAUUUGACCAUAUUCAUUUGUGUAAAUAAUGAAUUUACUGGUCAAAAUGAUGAGCAAGUGUUAAGGGGAAUUAAGCAGCACACCCUGAGAGCAUCUGGCCAUCAUCACCAGCAUCACAAUCAUCAUAAUUUCACAUCAUUUUUGACUGUCCCAGCCAGCCAGUCAUCAGUCAGCCAGCUAGCUCUCGUCCAGUCUCAUGGCCUGUCUGUGAUGGGCUUUGCCCGUAAGCAAAUUUCAAUUUGUUGUGUAGUAAGUGUAAGACUAAUCAUCCCACCCAGCCAUUUGCAAGCCAGUUAGACACAUUCUUGUAUUUUAAACUCACUCAUGAUAAGAUUUUUUUGUUAAUUAUCUAUUGUCUACCAUCAUUUGUUAAGGGACCAUAGUGUGAUGUGAUCUGCUGCGGCACAUCAGUAGAGAGAGUACAGCAUUGCCCAGAGCUCAUUCAAAACCGACUUAAAUAGCUGUGUGUGUUUUUCAUGUGUGAGUUUAAGAUACAUAAUGGGAUUAAAGUCACCUCAACCUUUUUAUUAUUAUAGGAAAAGGAUAGUUUAUUAUGAAAAAAUACAUUGUGUUAGCAAGAGCUGCAUUAUAAAUGGUACUUGAUGCUUAACCCCAUAUUUUUGAGCACAUAACAUAAUCAUAUUUCUCAUUUAUCUCGUCCAUAUUGCAUUUGCGCAUGUCACGUGUGCAAGAAGUGAUGAUGGUGUUUACCCCCCACUGUGAUUUUGUGCAUCUCCGAGGCCUGGGCAGUGCAGGCAACCUGUGAUGAUGUGUCUUACUCAAUGCCACACUGUGUGAUUGGACAAUAUUUUUUAACUCGUUUUGACUUGUUCCAUACUAUGUAAUAUAAUCCUAAGAUUCAGUGUUCCCAACAACUGGACAAGGUAGAUGAUUUUGCUGCUUACAUUUCCAGUGUAUCAUUAUGCUAGUCUUGUAGAUAUGGCAUUUGGUUAUAUUUGCACUUUUUAUUGUUAACUUUAGUUGAGAUUGAGUCGAGAAUAAAAUUCAUAUCUUCCUUGACAGUCGCAGAUAAUUAUCUGCUUAAAGAACCCAAUAUAUUCCAGGUAGCAGUCGAGAGUGGUAUAUAUAAUACAAGCAGAAUAUUAAACAGACAUUUACUAAUGUUUCCAAGUGAAAAUCUUCUGAGAGACUUGACUGUGCAUUAUCUGAUGUUCAGUUUUGCUUAAGGUAAAUUUACAAUUACAAAUGACAAGGACACCAAAAUGUUACAAGUAUUUAAUGCAAGAAUGCUCUGGAGGGUAUCAACCAGGUAUCAACCAGGUAUCAACCAGGUAUCAACCAGGACAAGUCUGGAGGACAUGUCAGCCGGCGCUGGAGGACGCAGAGGCUCUAGACCCGUGAUGUAAUACUCCCAUAACAUGUCACAAAUAAAUGUUUGUUGAGAAACAUUUUGAAGCAUCUCUUAAAUAUAUCACAUGUAACAAUUAUGUAUAUUAUAAGUCCUUAAAAUAUAUAUAAUUAUAUAUUCUCUGAUCCAGGGCCAAUACACACUUAUUCUGGAUCUGCAAAGUGCUUGUAAUACAGACAGUGCAUAUAAUACAGACAGUGCAUAUAAUACAGACAGUGCUUGUAAUACAGACAGUGCCUGUAAUACAGACAGUGCCUGUAAUACAGACAGUGCCUGUAAUACAGACAGUGCCUGUAAUACAGACAGUGCCUGUAAUACAGACAGUGCUUGUAAUACAGACAGUGCCUGUAAUACAGACAGUGCCUGUAAUACAGACAGUGCCUGUAAUACAGACAGUGCCUGUAAUACAGACAGUGCCUGUAAUACAGUGCUUGUAAUACAGUGCUUGUAAUACAGUACUUGUAAUACAGUACUUGUAAUACAGUGCUUGUAAUACAGUGCUUGUAAUACAGUGCUUGUAAUACAGUGCUUGUAAUACAGUACUUGUAAUACAGUACUUGUAAUACAGUACUUGUAAUACAGUGCUUGUAAUACAGUGCUUGUAAUACAGUGCUUGUAAUACAGUGCUUGUAAUACAGUACUUGUAAUACAGUACUUGUAAUACAGUACUUGUAAUACAGUACUUGUAAUACAGUACUUGUAAUACAGUACUUGUAAUACAGUACUUGUAAUACAGUACUUGUAAUACAGUACUUGUAAUACAGUACUUGUAAUACAGUACUUGUAAUACAGUGCUUGUAAUACAAAAAGCACUUGUAAAAUUUGUAAAUUAGGCUUGCAAAAUACUGUUGUUGUUUAGUAUUUUAUUGACUUUUCUAUGUGCAAAUCACUGGUCUUAAAAUUCCUUAUAUUCACAAGUUAUUUAGGAAGCAUUCUGUAGAUUAGUCCGGUAUACUCUACUGUUACUCUUUCAUCAGUACGUGAACUGUUCCAUGUUUAUGACGCCAAUUGUUAUAUAUUUUUUUCCAAGUGUUUGUAUGUUUAGACACAAAAUGUACACCAUCUCUAUAAAUGAAAGAAUCUUAAGAUAAUGUUCCUCUUAUGAGUACAUAAAUAUGGUUAUUUGUGUGUGCAAUUUUAGUUAAGUGAUUAUAUAUGGUGAAUUUGACGAGCAUGUUAUUUGUUCUGUAAUAACACUAUCUUGUUGAUAUUUGUUAUUGAUGGUGGACACACGCACUUGAUCUGUGACAACGCCAUGAUAUAUAUAUACGGCUGCUGGGCAAAAUAGAAAUCUACUCUCAACUCAAUCUCAAUUCAAAGUCAGCUGAAAAAAUGUAAGCUUUAUCUCUAUAAGAUGGAAACACAAAAAUUAUACAAUACAUCAUUUCAGUGCGUGUUGGGAUUUGUAUUACUGUAUUUGCAUACCAAUGAAAUCUUAGCAGUUUUUCAAUCUUAAAAUUCUUUCUUUAGAGCUGAGAGAAAGUUACCCAUGUCAACAUGAUGGUAGUUGUAACCUUUGUGGGAGUAAGACACCUUAAUGAUGUCAGCAUUAUAGCUGUGGCCAAUAUUUUUACUGUAAAAGUUUGUCAAGUGCUUAUUUUUGGCCAGCGUGCAACUCGCAAAAGUUUGGGAUAUAGUAUUGGGGUUCCAAGACAAGAUAGUUAUUGUUAUUUGCAGUAUGGUAGGUAACAUCAUCUUGCUUUGAACACACACAGUACCUCAUGGAAGUCAUCAAAGGAAUAUCUUAUGGAACAUCUUUCAAAUUUCUUAAGUCUGCUUGGCUGCUUUCUGGCUUGGUGGUGGAACACUGAAAAAUAGCUUUAAUCAUGUGUAGUUAAGAUUCAACCAAGUACCUAUUGGCUAGCCUUAUCACAUUCGUUAAUUGAUAUUAAUCAGUUGGUGUAGCAUGUCAGUGUGUAUUGCCAUAAAAGUUUGGCAUAGAACUCCACACUUAGUUGUGUGAUCGAGUUGGUAGUCCCUGCUACUCUUUUUUAAGGUGUAUUACAUACGAAAAGAACUGUUCAUUAGGGGAACAGUUGGUCUGGAUUGUGCAAUUAAUUAAAAGGAUACUGGGAUACUGGUCACUUCAUGUGGGGGUUUACAACUCGUCUCGGGCUGAUCUCCACGCUCGGGUAGAGAAGCGCCCUUCAAUUAGUCCCUUUCUUUUAUUUUGUCUUCAAAUACAAAAAUAGUACCAUGAUAUGACUUGAGAUAAAAUCUAAUUUUAUUACCAAAGUAAUAUACCUUCAGUUUCUUUCAUGUUGCUUGUGUAUAUAACUGGCAGCUAUAGGCCUACUUUUGCCGCCUCUUACUGUUGUUCCCAGUCUUGGCUGAACAUGGUAACCCGGUAAUAUUCUCCUGCCUAUAUCCAGAUGGCCUUUGUGAUAACUUUUACUUUGUUAGUUUCUCUGCAUUAUCCAAAAAACUUUAUACUUAAUUUAGCCAUCUUCUUGAGAUCUUGAGAUGAUUUCUGGGUUUUAGUGUCCCCGCGGCCCGGUCCUCGACCAGGCCAUUGGGAAUAAUGAAUGUUGAUUGUCGCUCUUUCGUUCCUAAAUUUUGUGAUGCCUUGUGUUUUGUCUUGUUUAUAUUUUUCCCACCUCAGUGAUGUUUGUGACUUACUUUUCUGGACUUCUUUUUUUUAAUUCUAUACAAGUAGGUUUAUAUUCUUGUACUUGCUUAAUUAGCAAGUUGCAAUAUGUUCUAAAAUAACCCGUCGGUAAUUCCUCCUCUACUGUCUUGCUUUGCCGGUUAUUCUCUUGCUUCCGCAACCAGCACAAGUUCUUUCAGUAUGUACUAACCUCGGUACAUACACACACUGGCAUAUUCUGACCUUAGUAUACUUGUAUACUUCAGUGUACACUGACAUCAAUACAUACACCAGAGUAAGUAACUGACCUCAGUGCAUGCAAAUUUUAAUCUGUACCGACCUUGGUAAAUACUACAUUUAGCAUGUACUGACCUCGGUACCAAAUCAAUUUCAGUGUGUAUCGACUCGAUACAUACACAGUUCAUAUGUACUGACAUCAGUACAUACACAGUUCCACAUUUUAGUAAAUGUAUGCAAAUGGUCAUAAUUGUGUGAAGAGAUAUUUACUAAAGAGAGAUCCCCCACAAGGUGGUCCUAUAUUUUUACAUGGCAUUCUAGUCUUUCAUUCUAACCAAUAGUUGAGAAGUGUGCAUGUCUUUUGUCUUGUGUUAUAUUACAGUACUGGCUGUUUGUAUCACGGUUCAUGGGGGUAUAUUAAAGUGGAUGGCGAGAGGCAAAUGCAUCAUAUAUAUAUAUAAUAUAUAUACAGUAUAUAAUACAUAUAUAUAUUACAGUAUAUAUAAUAUAUAUAUAUACUGCAUAUAUACUGUGAUAAUGUUGAGAUUUGUUUGGUCAUGUUAUUAAUUAGGACAUAGUUAUUGCCGGGUGAUAAUAAUAUCGCGUGCAGGUUUAGGGCUCGUGUACUAUGGGGAAAACACCUCGUAUAUUGAAUAUCUAAGUGUGAACAAUAUCAAUAUUACCUGUAUUGGGAGUUAUCAGCACUGUUAACCAGUUCUAGGUCCAUCGGGUUUCUUUUGCCUUUCGUCAUAACAAUAACCACUGACUGUGCGGGACACCUUGGCUGUUGUAGUGCUUUUGUGAUUGAUAUUAUCUUAGAGGAGCUUGGAAACAUUCACAUAGGUUAGUUUCCUUUCAAUGUUGUAUUUCAUAGCAACCAUCAUGACACUGGUAACUGCUUUUAUUUUAUAUUAUCCAUAGACAGAUUACUUCCUAUGGAAAGAGUAUUUGUAACAUAUGCUGCUUACAUAUACAGACGUAUGGGACUAAUGUUUCGGCAAUAUUUUCCUUUUUUUUUUUUUUUUUAAUGCUUGCUUUCAGUCCCUUUAGGUAAAUAGUUUUCUCUCGGUAUAUAUUGACUGGUUGCUAUGUUCAUGUUGUUGAGAAAUGGAACACAAGUAUUUAGGACCACAGUACAUUUAUAUUCUGUCCAAAGUGAGAGGGGUCCAUAUACAAUGUUUGUCACUUUUAUACGUAGCCAGUUAAUCUUCAGUGAUGCAGAUAGGCUUCAUUUACUCAUUAUGCAUAACAUGCUCAUGUAAUAUCUUUUUAAGAGGUGUAUCUUGCAAAUUGCAAUUUUUUUUCCCCCCAUUUUACACAUUGUAAUAGAAGAUGCAUGGCAUGAAGAGCAUCUCGAAUUUGUACCGCUUUAUUCUGCCGGUACAGACUUAUUCCCCCUCCCACGCAGUUACUUUGUACUGUUUCUUAGAGCAGAGAUGGUCAUGUAUUGUUCAAAAACCUGUAUUUAUAUUUAGUUCCAUCUGGUGGAAAUUUAAAUCAAAACCUCCAAUGUUGCCUUGAUGGAAGGGCCCAUAGGACCUUCAGCACAGUGUUUGCUGUGGAGUGAUUGCUGGGGAUAUAUUGACCCAUUUCAAGGGUGUUGUGACCUCAGCGUCCACAUGCUUCUUUGUUCCUGCUUCUUGUCUUGGUGACUUUUAACGAUGAGUUUUGUAACGGCAUAGAACAGAAUUAUUGCCCACCUUUGCUCAUAGCUCAUAAGGUAUUAGUGUCAAUGAUGGUGUAUUUGGUGAUUUACAGUACUGUAUCAGUGUAGUUAUUUCAUAUGUAUAUAGAUCAUUUUUUACAACCAGGAACGACAUACUUUGUUUGGAAACAUUUUUAUUUCCAACAUGUGGAAGAAUCAUAUGGGAUUAGAUCAGUAAGUACUAAAACUAUGAAAACUGUAAAGGUUCAGCAUUUGUACAUAGUAACAAAAGGACUGAAUUUUAUUCAAACUCUUAUGAUUGGUAAUUACUGGUCCUCUCAAAUUGUAUUGUGUAGCAUUGUAGAGCUUGCUGUUUUCAGUAAAUCUGGAUUAACAAGUACAGUAGUAGGAUUUGAUUCAGAGACUUUCCACAAAGGACUUUCUUUUGAAUUACAAAUAAUAAGUUAUACUCAUUAACAUAUCGACAUGAAAUUAUUAUAAAAACAAUCCAGAUUUGCUUUGCUGUACAUAGUAUUUAUUCACAGGAAGCUUACACUAGUAGCUGCCACCGAUGUAGAGUGUUAUAUUUAUCUUGUUUUUGAUUAGUUCAACCAAAUUAUUGUUUAAAGGAAAUAGUAUAAAUACUAUUACUGACAAAGAAAUAAUGUUAAAUAUGGAACAGUUAUACAUUACAGUAUUACUUAAUAAAGCAUUUAUUCAGAAAGAUGUGCCAUGACAGAUGCCGAUGUUUCGUGCGUACAGUUCAAGACUCCGAUUCACGUACUGUAUGCUGUACUGGCGGACAGGGAUGGUCGUACUUACCGUCCACCAUGGUGUGCGUAGAAAAAAUUAGCAAAAUGCAGUGCAACAUAUGAUAAACAAAAAUAGUUUAUGCAAAUGAUAAUCAUGGAAUGAAGCGAACGUUUCAUACAGUACUUGAAUUAUUCCAAACUGUACAUAAGGUAUGUUUUUUUGGUUUCAAACAUGUUUCUCAUGUUUGAUAGUACAGUAUAUUUGUCAGUAAUAUUAUUAUUUGCAGAUAAAUAUUAUACUCUACAUAACUAGCAGCAACAUUUUUGGUACGUGAGUGUCUCACAUAAAAAGCUGCUAAAUGUGACUUUACACAAUAAACAUUUACCAAUA